AUGGCCGUCAACCACACCUCGGCAGAGUCCUACUCGCGCUCAGGCUUCGCCAACCGCAUGGGCUGGGGCCAGCGCCCAGCACUUAUGAUAAUCGACGUGUGCCGCGCCUACUGGGACGCGUCCUCACCGCUAUCCCUCCUAGGCAACGCCGAAGCCGAGGCAGCACCAAAUUCAAUACGCCGCCUCCUAGAUGCCGCCCGCGCCGGCAGGGUUCCCGUCGUCUGGAGCGAAGUCCAGUACAGCAGCCCCGACAUGGCGGACGCGGGCUUGUUCUGGCGCAAGGCCAAGGUCCUGGAUGUGUGGAAGAAGGGCGAUUCCAGGGGCCUGGCGGAGCCGCUGGAUGGACUGGCGUCGGAGGAGGGGGAUACGGUUGUGGUUAAGAAGUAUGCGAGUGCGUUUUUUGGGACUGCGCUGGCGACGGAACUUCAUGUUUUGAAUGUCGACACUCUGGUUAUAUGUGGAGUGAGCACCUCUGGAUGUGUGCGCGCUACGACUUUGGAUGCGAUGCAGCAUGGCUUUCGUCCCAUGGUGGUCGGGGCGGCUUGUGGUGACCGCAGUGCUGAGAUUCAGAAUGCGAACCUCUUCGAUUUGGACUCCAAGUAUGCGGAUGUGGUUGCGGAAGGCGAGGCGGUGGACAAGCUUUCGGCUGGAUGGUGA